AUGGCUUCUCAAGAAUUUACUGUAUUAUACACUCACCAAAAAAUGAAAAAAUCAAAAACGUGGCAAGAUGGAAUUCUGAAGAUUAGAAGUGGCAGUAAUAAGGCUAUCUUGUUUGAUGAUAAAGGACAAUGUUUGGAGAGUAUUUUUAUAAAAUCUCAGGUGAAUGCUGGAGACAAUUUAGAAAGUGACCGCUAUUUGAUCACAGUUGAAGCAGUAAAAGUGAAUGAAAAAUCUUUUGAAGAUCAGUCAAGGGAAGCAGAAACUCCAGCAGUGGACAGGAAUGGUGUAAAACGGGGUGUCCCACCUCCAAGGCAUCUGUCUGUUGGCUUGAAAAGGAAGUUUACGAGUUUCCAAGGGCCACGCCAAGUUGAAAAGAAAACAUCAACAAUGGAAGAGGGAGAAAAAACAACAUUGCCUUUAUCCAAGCAGUGUGAGGGGGCUUUUCCAUCCAAGUUUUAUGGUACCUCUCCAUUAUUUUCUACAAUUUGCCAGAAGGAUGCGGAAACAAGCGUGUCUGCAGACUUUCAUGAAGAUGCACGUGCAGAGAAUAACAGCAAACACAUGUCUCUCUCCUCACUGCUUUCAGCUCCAUUUCUUGACAGAUGUGAGGAGACAGAGAAGCAAAACCCUGAUCAAUCCAUUAUGAGGCCAGAAUCUCCUCUAAUUACUGGGCAUACCAAAUCUAGUAGUCAGAGUGCUGCUCAUGUGGCAGUGUCACACAGCAUCAGGAGCACAGCACAGAUACUGGCUCUUUUGAAGUCUAAACCAGCCCAAGGAUGCAGAGAGCAAACAACACCUCAAGGCACGCAAUGUCCUUCUAGGUUUCAGGCAUCAGAAAACACAGAUAGUUUAUAUAAAAGAAAAACCACAAUCCUAUCUGCUUUUUCAGGCAAGCCUGCCAAAAGACUCAUGGAAAAUAUUCAGAAUCUGCCUUGUAAGAAGGGAACUGCAAAUGAUAACAAGGAAGGUAAUCCUGAAAUGCUUCUAAAUUCGGCUGGACUACCUUGUGAUAAAGAAGUCACAGGACAGAGACUUGACAAAAAGACAAUUAAUUCAAGUCAAGAUUUACAAGAUCCGUGCAGUACCAAUAGUUGCUUCCUGCCUGAAUCCACUGUAAGUAGAGUGAGUGACAGUCAGUUUGUCCCAUCCUCAGGUGACAUUUUGUGUUCAGCAAGUCCAAUCACCUUGGAGAAAAAUCUCUCCAGAUACAGAGAGCAUUCAGCAAGUAACAAUCUUGAGGAGAAUUCAUCUCUGAAGUUGCAAAGUGCGUUACAGCCAAAACAAGGUUCAGAAAGAAGCUUGGAGGUCUCUGCAGACCUAAUAUUGACUGGAAUUGGAACUGUAAAGCAGGAAUUAAGUAUGCACGGCAAAGGCUGUAGUCCAGAUGAACGGGUGAUGGAAGUUAACUUUAAUCUACUGGAAGCUUUUGAUUUUAAUGACACAGACAAUGAAGACCUGUGUGAAAGAGCUGAGAAUAAGUUCACUGAAGGAGACAAGCUUUCACGAAGUCCUGACUGCUUAAGGGGAGAAGACGUAGCACUAAAUACUGCACUGAGACUUCAUUCUUGCUGUGAAGUAGUGACACACAGUAAAAAUGAAGAACUCAAAUGUUCAGCAUUUAACAGACAGAAUGAUGGAAAUCACUACACUGGGGGUAUAACAUCUCAGCUUUGUGACAGCAGUGUCACAGACACAGGGAAAAUUGCAGAAGACUCUUCAAACCAAACCGGAAUUGCAGUGGAACUUUUGGGUGAUAGACAUGACAUAAAAGAGAUUAAGGAAAGCGAAUUACGUAUUGAAGCCACAACUGAAAAGAAGGAUCCUGAUGGCUGUGCAGUGCACACCAUUAAUGGCACGUCACAGAUGAAAACCAAGCAGUCCGAUCUUUCGCCUGGUGACACAAAUGUUAAUGAAUGUCACGCUAAAACCAGUAUGUUUGAAAAAUCUGAAACUAUUUCAUGUAUUUCUACCAGCAGAAUAAUUUCUGCAAUGGACAAAAAGACCAAAGAAGAUGUUAUACAGCUCGGAGGUAUGAAAUGCCCAGAUGUUGAUUUAGAAAGCUUCUGGGGUACUGAGAGCAUUAAAGCAGACAGUCCUUUGCUGGCUUUGCCACAAAAACCAAAUCCUAGCUGUGCCUCAUUCCAAUACAUUGCAGAAAACCCUCAAAAGGUAUUUGUCAUUCCACAUAAGGAAGAUAGUCUCAUUACCAGAAGUUCUACCUAUCCUUUAGGAAAAAACCAUUCAUCUCCAGAGGAAACAGCAAUAGCUGAAACUGAGUUUGAAAAUGUAGAGAGCAUAAAUGCCUUUCGUGAAGCUUGCAAAGGUGAAAGGUUAGAAAUGGAUUGCAGGAAAUGCCCAGCGACAGCUGACAAUUCAUCAGUUCUUGAUUUGGUGAACAACAUCACUCUUCUAGGAGCUUUGACUCAACACAGCACAGCAUUAGAAAGCUUACAAAAGAUGGAGGAAAGUAAUAGCAUGUUACAUGAAGCAGAGACUUCUGAAGAGAUAUUUGAACCCCUUGUGAAAGAUGAAGCUACAAAACAACUUACAGAAAUGCCUUACUCAGAAAGUAUAAAGGCAUCUUCAUACUUUGAUUCUUCUGGCCUUAUGCCCAACCAUGUGCUCAAUUUAUUACAGAAAACAGAGGCAUCUAUUCUACCAACAGCUUUCUACCAAAGAGACCCUGAGACACCUGACUGCCAGCCAAAGGCUGUUGUGUUUCAAGGGCACCAAGUAAGGGGAUCAGCAGCUAGUGAGAUAAUGUCAAGAGCUCCCCGCUCACAGCUGGGAGGGCAGCACUACCCAGAUAAUACGAAGUUUGCAGCUGAAAGAUUUUUGACACCCCUGUUUUCAAGCAAUGAUGUCCUUUCUGACUGCAGACAGUCUCCAGGUUCAGGAAGUUUCCAUGGGAAUAAUACCAACUUUAUUGGAGAAAAGAACUUUCAGAAGAAGCCUAACAUGACUGAAGAGUCAAGAACAGAUCAGUCCUCAUUGGCAUUGAACGUGCAUUCUGAACUUCCACCAUGGAGAGUGUCAGGCUCAACAUCAUGUUCUGAUCUGAGACAAACACAGUGGACUUCCAGGGAACCCAGACAGGAGAAAUCCAACUAUCCAGAGGAAUGCAACCUCUCAAGAGUCAAACCCCCAGUUAAAACACGAACUCCAUUUGUCACGCUUCCUGCCACCGAGAAGAUUCCUAACACAGUUUAUUCAACUGACAGCGAGGAGAUCCAGCAACCUUUUGGCUCUUCAGUAGUCAAUUUAUGCAACAAGUCAGAGGUAUUUCCCAUCAGUGCUUUUGGCCCUGAGGACAGAAAUUAUGAAACCUCUGUGUUUGGAGAGUAUACGGAAGAGAGACAAAGGGAGUCUGUGCAAGCAGCGUUCCCUAACGUCACUUCACAAUAUAGAAAAAGCAAGUGGCUAAAAUAUCAAAACAAUGCUCAGUGUGACUUGAUAACUCCGAACAGCAAUGGUAGGGAAGUGACUGAUGACAUCUGUGCUGACAACCUCCUUGGAAUGGUGCUGGGUGACACAGGAGAGUGCAGCACUGUGAAUAAAAGCGCUCCCGGCUCUGCAGCUCUACUGACAGCAAAGAGCACCCUUCGUAAAUGCUCUCCAAAUACCAGCCACCAAGAUUUGAUUUCAGAGAGGAAGUUACUUUCUCCGCACUUCAGUCAGACACCUUUGGCUGAAGCAACACAAAAGGUGUUAAGUCAUCUGAGCUGCCACACUGCAACAGGAGCCAGCCAGGACAUAACAAUUUGUGAGUUGUCUUUUCCUCAUGUGGAUAAAGUAAAAUAUGCAAACCUUCCUAAAAGGAAGACUUUCAUACCAGCCAUGUUUCAGUCACAUGUUCAGUACAAACAGAUUUUUAAAGCUGCUCUGACAGAGCAAUUGAACAUAAUGCUAUUUGAGUUGUCCCAAAGAUUCCACAAUGCCCUUUCAAAAGUGGAUAUAUCAUUCUACACUUCAUUGAAAGAUGAGCAAACUGAGAGCAAGGAAAGCUGUGUUCCACUGUGCCAUCACAUGCAUCCUGCUAAGCUUGUUAUGACUAAAAAAGAAGGUCAAAACAAGGGUCGUUUAUUCUAUACGUGUGAUGCCCCCAAAGCUGAGCAGUGUUCAUUUUUCAAGUGGAUAGAAGACGUGAACCCCGCACAGACAAAAUCCAGACCUAGUGUAGCACUUCAUGAUAUAAAAAGUAUUGGGACAUACCUCAGAAGUCAAAAGAUUUCUCUCUAUGAGGAAUGCCAGCUUUUGGUGAGGAAAGGCUUUGAAAUUCAAACACAGCCGUGUAGUAAGUUCAAGAAAUUGAUGAAUACGUCUGCCAGAUUUGAUGGUGAUUGCAAAACCAAAUUAUACCUCAAACUAAGCAGAAAGGAGCAUUAUUCUCUCUAUAGCAAAGAUGAUAUUUGGGUUGUUUCGAAGACUCUCAACUUUGAUCCCCUUGAUACUUUCAUUGCAACUAGUGCUUUCUUUGGACCAUCCUCCACCAAUGAAAUAGAAUUGCUACCACUGAAAGGCUACUGUCCGUCAAACUGGAGAUCAAAUAUGUUUGUACAUGCCCUGCUGGUUUGUAACGCUAGUGGUGAGCUUGCAUCUUUAAGAAAUAUGGAGGAGCACUUCAAUCCAUCUACGUUACCAUUAAUACCACAUCUACUAAAAAUGAAUUUUGAUUCUGAAAAUGCUACUAAUAGAGUCAAGAAAAGCAAAUUUACUCCACCUGCCCUCAGCCUGAAAUGCACAACAACGCACGGACCGAUCAGCAGUGAAGUGGCAAUGGGAUUAGCUAAGAAGAUUAUCCAAACAUUCUCGUUGAACCCAGAUCAAGCUACAUCGCUGCUUCACAUAGCUCAGAUGAUGACCUCCUGUGAAAACACCAAACCAUUGGAAGAACGUCGGAUCCUCCCGAUCACAAUCAUACGUGGUGUUUUUGGAGCUGGGAAGAGCUACAUGCUGUCUGUUGUGAUCUUGUUCCUAGUACAGCUCUUUGAAAGCAGUGAAACUACAGAGGGUUCAAGGCCAGCUCCAUGGAAAGUUCUGAUUGCUUCUUCCACCAACACUGCCGUUGACAGGAUACUCCUGUGUCUACUCGAGCUUGGAUUUGAGGAUUUUAUCAGAGUGGGAAGCAUUAGGAAAAUCACCAAAGCAAUUCUUCCCCACAGUUUACAUGCUGGCUCAGUCAACGAAAAUGAUCAGCUAAAAGAGCUGCUUGCUCUCAUGAAAGAAGAUUUAUCUCCAGCUGAAAAAAUGUAUGUAAGGAAGAGUAUUGAGCAACACAAACUGGGGACCAAUAAAACCAUACUGCAACAGGUGAAAGUGGUGGGAGUAACCUGUGCUGCCUGCCCAUUCCCUUGCCUGAAUUCUCUUCAGUUUCCUGUUGUGAUUCUGGACGAGUGCAGCCAGAUGACUGAACCUGCUUCUCUUCUUCCUAUUGCAAGGUUUCAGUGUGAAAAGCUGGUCCUUGUUGGAGACCCUAAGCAGUUACCACCAACUAUUCAAGGGUCAGAGAGUGUUCACGAGAAGGGACUGGAGCAGACUCUCUUUGACCGGCUUUGUCUAAUGGGACAUAAAGCAAUAGUUCUUCGGACACAGUACCGAUGCCACCCUGCCAUCAGUGCCAUAGCCAACAACCUGUUCUAUGAUGGAAAUCUGAUAGAUGGCAUUUCUGAGGAAGACAGGAGUCCUUUACUGGAUUGGCUUCCAACACUGUGCUUUUAUAAUGUUAAUGGGGUAGAGCAAACUGAAAGAGACAACAGCUUUUAUAACAUGCCAGAAGCUCAUUUCACGGUCAAGCUCACCCAGGCUCUGAUUGCCAGCGGAAUAGAAGGAUCUGCAAUCGGUGUAAUUACUCUUUAUAAGUCACAGAUGUGUAAGAUUCAGAACUUGCUCUGUGGAGUACAGACUGAGGUUUCCAAAAUUAAAGCUGUCCAGGUGUCCACUGUAGAUGCAUUCCAAGGAGCUGAGAAGGAGAUCAUUGUUUUGUCCUGUGUAAGAACGAGGCAAAUUGGGUUCAUAGACUCGGAAAAGCGAAUGAAUGUUGCGCUGACAAGAGCAAGGAGACAUCUGUUGAUCAUUGGGAAUCUGCCCUGCUUAAGUAGGAACAGACUGUGGGGAAGAGUAAUUCAUCACUGCAAAGGAUGGGAAAAUGGAUUGCAGCAUGUAAGCCUGUGUGAGCAGCAGCUAAACGACAUUCUUAAGUCUUACUGGGAGAAACAGAAGGAAGAGGAGCAGAGUAAGAAGGAAAAAUAAAAGGUGCAUCUG